AUGGCAACAGAUGCUCCCGCCGCCGAGCGCGCCGCAGCCGCUGGUCUAGAGCAGUUACCAAAGUGCCUGCUGGCCCAGUCCCCAGAAGGUAAAGGGUCUGAGCAUGAAGAUGUGGUCAUCGUGGGCCCCAGGCGUGAAGCCCACCCCUCGCCAGGACCGGCUGCCCCCUGCCGGCCGGGGCCUGCCCCCAACAAGGAUAAAUGGGUUCCCCGGUGUUUGUUACUCGCUGUAAGGAAUCGGAAAUUUAUUACGCACUGGCGCCACUGGCGAGGCCGUCAGGAAGCUCCAGGCUUUAGGGACAACGUCUCUCCCACGUUGGCUGUCACGACUCGGCCGGUCUGUUGGGCAGUGACGGCCUUGUCUUGCAUUCUCAGGGUGCUCUGUACUGGGCAGGGCCCCUCCCGGGUGGUGCCUCCCGAGCCGCGGUUCAGGGUCCGGGGCCACGGUCGCUGCGUCCCGACCCGCGUCCGCAGGGCUCGCGCGCUCCCCCGCGUGGCCACCGACCGCAGCGCAGACGGGGCGGGUUUGUGGGUGGGCGGGGCCAGGGGCGGGCCCAGAGGUGGGCGGGCGGGACCUCUGCUCAAAGCCGUAAGUCCGGGGCGGGGAGGGUUUUUCCCAGCGCCACGAUCUCGGUGUAGGGGUUGGAGCUGCUGGGACAGGGGCACAGAGCGGCGCGCGGCCUGGGAAAAGCAGACGAGGCAGGUCCGUCCGUGUCCAGGCAGCAUCACCGCGAGAGCGGGCCAGCGCCUCUGGGCCGUGCUGGAGGUUUCCUGGGAGAAGAAGCCGCAGGUGUUGGCGCUGCUUUCUUCUGGGAACGUUAGACAACCAAAGACAGCUGAGCCUGCUGGAUUCCCUGGGGGGCUGGGCUUCCUCGCCUUCCUUCUCUGCCCUGGCUUCUCCUUCAUCAGCCCCAGACUGGAAACUCCAGCCUACUAGCCCCAGGUCCAGCCCCAGAUGCCAGCUUUGAAGAAUGAACCAAAAAAGGAAAACGUCAC